UAUUUUUUGUUUUGUUUCCCAUUUUGGGUCCGAGUCUUAUUGGGUACACUAGCCGACCGUUUCUUCUUAAGCAGAAUGCUUAGUAGAGUUCUCUGCACUCAAAAGAACCAACUUUGGCCAAUCUGGAGAAGAAGAAGAAGAAGAAGCCAGCUAUGUUCAGCUCACAAACCCUUCUCUCAAAGUCAGGACCUUCAGCUGCCAUAAGGGUUGCCGCUUAUUGUUACAAAAGGCUCAAAAAACCUCUAAUCCAACGAACUGAUAUCCCCUCUUCUGUUGAUUGGAUUUUGCAAGACGAAUUUCAACUUGUUACAUAUAGAGUGUUGGGGUACCUUCUUCUUGGUGUUGUUAGAAUAUACUCAAAGAAAGUUGAAUACUUGUUUGAUGAUUGCCAAGAGGUGCUUAUCAGAAUCAAUGACUUCGUGGUUCGUACAAAAACACGUAUGCCUGAGAACGUGCAGGAGCGUACGCCUUGUUUCUCAAUUACACUACCAGAAAGUUUUGCACUUGAUGCUUUUGAUAUUGAAAUCCUUGAUGAUACUAGUGUUGGAGGUAACGUGCUCCCCCAAGAAAAGAUAACACUUAAAGAUGGCAUAUUGGACAAUUUCGACAUCAGACAAUAUGCUUUAGACAUGCAUCAUUCUGAGGAAGCUGCUAGCAAUGAUAACUCUUAUGUUGCUGACUACACUCCGGUAGAAGAUGUUUUGUCAUCUUUCCAGAUGAAUAUGCAUUUAAGAAAAUCUCGUAUUGUAGAUAGCUUCACUGCAAGCAUGGAGAAACUUCAAGAAAACAGGUUUUCUCAGGAAGAAUGCAUGGACUUUGAAAUGUUUUAUGCAGCUGAAGAAGAAGCUCGAAAUGCAGUUACAUUAUUCGAGGAACAUAACCUGGAGGAGAUGAUUAACCUGGUAACAUCAUCAUCGAUGGUUGCAAUGCAUGGAAAAGCAAACACAGAUAAGCUUGAGGACUUUGGAGAAGAUGAUGUGAACCUUGUGAGAUCUUGUGGGAUUGAACAGUAUGUUGUGAACAUUGCAUCAUCAUCUCAAGAUGCAGCAGAGCUUGGAGAAACAACCGCAGAAAAGCUUUGGGACAUUGAGAGAGAUUAUGAUGUGACCAUUGCAUCUUCGUCUCAGGGUGCAGUGCAUGGAGAAAUAAGCACAGAAAAACUUCUCUUUAGAGAAAAUGAUGUGAAUCUUCUGAGAACUUAUGGGAUUGAGGGAGAUGAUGAUGUGAAUAUUGCAUCAACAUAUAAGGAUGCAUUGCGUGAAGGAAUAUGCACGGAAAAUCUUCUUGACUUAGAAGAAGAUGAUGCAAACCAUGUGAGAUCAUGUGGAUUUGAGGGAGAUCAUGGUGAGAACAUUGCAUCAUCAACUAAAGAUGCAAUGCAUGGAGAAGGAAGCAUAGAAAAGCUAAUGGACUCUGGAGAUAAUGGUUUGGGAGAAUCUACUGAUCACGUUGGACAACACGGUGAAGAUCUGCAAAUUGAUGGGCAGGAGAAAAUCAUUCCAGAAAGUGACCAGCCGGAAUGUGAAACAUGCGAUAUUAUUGGGCAAGCACCUGGUCCAAUCACUUCAGAAGCUGAAAUGGAGAAACUUCGAAACAGUACUUACACACAAGUAGAAAGCAUGGAUGUUGAUAUGUUCUCUGGGUCUAAUAAACCUCAAGAAUGUGAUGAACCAUUUGCUGAAGAGAAUCAUAAUGAUGAAGAGCAAACACUCACUGAGAUGCUAGAAAAUAUAAAAUCUCGAAGCAAAGGAGAAGGCAGUUCAUCAGCUACAAAACUUAGCAGGACCCCAAAAGUAAAGAUUGCAGUGGAGUCAGGUGCUUCCAUCCCACAGUUUACGCUCAUUCCAACACCAGCCGGUAAAGAUCGUGCACGAACUACGAGUAAAAGAAAAUGUUUCAUUGAUGAUAUGAUGGUGAUCCCUAACGAGGUGCUUAAAGAUGGAAUAGCAGAUGCGAGUGAUUUGGUUUCUAAACGAAUAAAAGCUGCUCAUUCGGCCCUUUCUGUUUUGAAUGCUAAAACCUCUCAAAUUCUCCACCAUAACUUCUUUGAGCCGUUACUACCUUGUCUUUCAUCAGAACUGAGAUCCCUCUUUUCUGCAAAGAAAUUGAAGAUUGUAGAGUGUGCUAAAUCCGUCAAACCUCGAAAAGAAAUGAACAUUUCGGAGAUACCAACUUUUUGUUUAUCAAACCCAGAGCAAAUAGGCAUUGCUCCAGAAACACCUGUUCAGCGUGCUACAUUUACAAAUUCAUUUGAGUGUCCACCGAGCCCCGUAACUCCCAACUACAGAAUGAGUUGUGAAAAAUUGACAAAAUCAAUUGAGAGCCCAUUGAGCCCUGGAACUCCCAAAUAUGAUAGAGAAAGGUCUGAAGCAUUGGAAGAUUACUUAGAACUGUGCUCUUUAGCGGACCAAGAGCAACCGUGCCCUUUAGGUGAUCAAGAGCAACCGUGCCCUUUAGGGGGUCAAGAGCUACCGCUGUGUUCUUUAGUGGAUCAAGAGCUAACAUACCCCGUAGAGGAUCAAGAGCUACCGCGAUGCCCUUUAGAAGAUCAAGAACUACCGCCACACCCUUUAGAAGAUCAAGAACUACCACCGUACCCUUUAGAUGAUCAAGAACUACCACCGUGCCCUUUGGGGGAUGAAGAGCUUGAUCUCAAUCUGAUCGAUGAGGUGACAAAUUCAUGUACAGACAACAACAAUGAAUCGCAUGGAUGGUCCGGGCGAACAAGAAUAGUGACUAAGUACUUGCAUAGAAGUUUUCUAAAUCAACAGAAUGGUGGGAAGGAAGAGGUCAUUAACUUAUCACGCGUUUUGAAUGGAAGAACCAAGAAAGAAAGUGCCAGAUUCUUUUAUGAGAUACUGGUGCUGAACACAAAAGGGUAUGUGAAUGUGAAGCAAGAUGAUGCUUAUACUGACAUUUUGGUCCGGAAACUCAAUACAUGGCCCAAACAUGUGGAGUUGAUAUUGAACAAAUAGCAGCUGAAAUAGUCUAAAUUUAAAUUACUACUUGAGGAUUAGUUUAGUUUUAUAAGAAUGUAGCUUUCCUUGUACAUAACAAAAAAAAUGUCAUUCUACUUUUUAAUACAAUGUAGGUUUUUAUUUGUAUGUUGACCCCAUUUGAUAGAAAAUACAAUAUAUUAUUUUCACCCGUAAGUGAUUCUUACCUGGCAUAGUGAUCCAUUGGAAUAUUAAAAUAUGCCCAAAUGGGAAAUUUUGUCC